AUGCCUGGUCCUGGUAAGGUCAUUGUCCCACUCCCAGAACAGAAUUACAAUACUAACAAAUACGUCCGAUACAGCGUGGUCAUCUCCGCCUUCGCAAUUGUCAUUCUGUCCGUCCUCGGAUCGUUAUACAAGAGCGAACACCAUGGAUUCGUCGGGUCGGAAAACGACCCCGAAGAUGGCGGUGCAGUUGCGGCUUCGAUUUUCACUGCGGUGGUCAUAUACGCUGUAAGUCUAUCGCACCACCAUCCUGCGCGUCUAGUAUGGAGUAGAUGUGCUGACACAUUGUCGUCGGUAGUGCUUCUUCGUUUUCUGUGCCUUCCAGGCUUACUUGCACACGAGAAGCCGCCGGGGAGGUGCUAUAUCGCUAAGCUAGACAAUUUCUUAUAUAUUCCUCGCAAGAAAACAUGGAACUCGCCAUUUGACUUAUGUCCGUCUUACGAGACAAACGGAUAUGUCAAGUGCAUCCGGGGACACUCAUGA